CUGCACUUUGUCAGCAGUCUCUGGUCAUUCCCUGCACUGUCUGCAGUCUCUGGUCAUCCCCUGCACUGUCUGCAGUCUCUGGUCAUCCCCUGCACUGUCUGCAGUCUCUGGUCAUUCCCUGCACUUUCUGCAGUCUCUGGUCAUUCCCUGCACUGUCUGCAGUCUCUGGUCAUUCCCUGCACUGUCUGCAGUCUCUGGUCAUCCCCUGUACUGUGUCCGCAGUCUCUGGUCAUCCCCUGCACUGUGUCCGCAGUCUCUGGUCAUCCCCUGCACUGUGUCCGCAGUCCCUGGUCAUCCCCUGCACUGUGUCCGCAGUCCCUGGUCAUCCCCUGUACUGUGUCCGCAGUCUCUGGUCAUCCCCUGCACUGUGUCUGCAGUCUCUGGUCAUCUCCUGCACUGUGUCCGCAGUCUCUGGUCAUCUCCUGCACUGUGUCCGCAGUCUCUGGUCAUCUCCUGCACUGUGUCCGCAGU